UAACCCAUUUCAAGCUUAAGGUAACCCAUCGUUUAUAUAUAGUGGAGCAGCUGGAGCUUAUAAAGAGAAAAAAGAAAAUGAAAUAUCAAGUUGGUUUAUCAAUCUUUUUGUUGUUUUUAAUUAGGACAGGAAAAUCAUCGAAAUAUACCCUUGUUAAUGACUUCAAUGUAGCAGCCUCAGCCGAUGAAGUAUGGGCAGUUUACAGCUCUCACAACCUCACUAAACUCAUUGUGAAAUUAUUACCCGGUAUGUUCAAAAGAAUAGAUGUACUUAAAGGCGAUGGUGGCGUUGGUACCAUUCUCCGCCUUGUUUAUCCUCCUGGAUCGGUGCCGCUGACAUACAAGGAGAAAUUCGUGACAAUCGAUAACCGCAGGCGUUUGAAGGAGGUACUACAAAUCGAAGGAGGGUACCUGGAAAUGGGUGUAACCUUCUACAUGGACAGUUUCCAAGUCAUAAAAAGAGGUCGUGAUUCAUGCAUCGUCAGAUCCAUAACUAAGUAUGAAAUUAGAGAUAACCUUGCUGUUAAAGUUUCUCCUCUCAUCAGUGUCGAUUCUCUUGUCACCAUGGCUAGAGCUAUCUCAAAAUAUGUGCUAGAGAACAAGAAAAAAGCUAAUUCAACAAUAUUUCCUUGA